AUGGCCAGAAAACGGCCGAAUCCACGUUCAAGUUACGUGCAACAAGAAUCGAGGAAUCUAAGCGGCAAAACUCGCGCUUUCACCUCGCACUCUCAAUCCCCUCAGGUUUCAAUUUACCCGAGUAUGGAAAUUAACGUUCGUUGCCGCCGAGCCAAGAACCAUAAGACCCGCUGGGAAUUCACGGCGAAAUUCCUCGACACACUCACUUUAACACCAAGCAAGAAGAAGAAAGUAAUAAAGAGACGGAAAAAACGUAUCAAUGUGCUGGUCGCAAACUUCUCGGCAUUACGGGAACAUUGGUGGUGCGAAACUCUCAUCGUUCCCUCCAAUAAACCCGAACGCGAAGCCGAAUGA